AUGAGCACACCGUCCGAAACCCAAAUCACCACAAUCUCUGUAUCCAAUCUUCACUGCAACAGCUGUGAAAGCAUAAUCAAUAAAGUGCUCUUCUCUCUUUCUCCCCCUCCAACAAGGGUAGACGUAUCCAUCGUACACCAGUCAGUGACAGUCGAGCAUGCCCUCGCGACAUCCAGACACACCAUACAUUUCAUGCUUGAGGAUGCUGGUUUUGAUGUAUAUGAUCCAGAUUCCACUUCCUCCGAGCAUACACUUUCACAAGCAACACAGGGGAUGAGCACCAUACUUUCUGGAAAACGUCAAAAGCAUAUGCAACACUGUUUAUUGUGUCAGGAGGCGGCCGUCAUCUCAUUCAAUGGCACCGUUUCUCCGAUGAAUUGCUCCACGCCAGAGGACCCAGAACGGAGCCUAAGCUCGUUGCGCAAGGUAGGCGUUGAUGACGUCGCGCAUCUCAUCACCCUGUCCGUGGGUGGUAUGACGUGCUCCUCAUGUUCGGGCACCAUCACCGAAAUAGUUUCACAACUCCCUGGCAUCUCCGAAGUAGUUGUCAGCCUUCUGAACAAUUCUGCCACAGUUAUUGUUGCUCGAAAGGAUCUAGUUGGCUCCGUGACCAAAACGAUCGACGACUGUGGCUUCGAAGUCGAUGUCAUCAAGAUUGAGCCCCUCAUCCCAUUGACAUCAACAGAUAAUUCGACAAAAACAGGUCCUAGGAUAUUAUCCCUUCGUAUCGACGGAAUGUACUGCCAACACUGUCCAAUCAAAAUCAUGACCGCCUUAAAAAAGCUCCAGCCCGACAUCACCAUUAUCAAACCACUAGCAAAUCAUUUGGAUUCCGUCAUAGAAGUCUCGUAUAUGCCAUCGCCUCCAGACUUCACCAUCCGCUCCAUCACCUCCACUAUUGUGUCCGUGGAACCGACGUCAUACAGUGUAUCGAUCCAUCGUGCACCUACUCUCGAAGAAUGCACGCAUCGCAUGCAACGACGUGAGCAACGAGUCUUGCUGCAGCGCCUGUUUUUCACCUUCAUCAUUACGAUACCUACGUUCAUCAUUGGUGUCGUUUACAUGAGCCUUCUUCCCGCUGAUAAUCCCACGAAGCUAUACCUAAUGCAGCCCAUGUGGAAUGGAAACGCAUCUGCAAUCGAGUGGGCACUCUUCUUCCUCGCAACCCCAGUAUACUUCUAUGGCGCUGGCACAUUUCAUUAUCGGAGUAUCAAGGAAAUCAAAGCUUCGUGGAGGAAAGGGAGCACGACCCCCAUAAUCAAGCGCUUCACUAGAUUUGGCAGUAUGAACCUUCUGGUUUCUACUGGAGUAACUGUUGCCUAUUUUUCAUCGAUUGUGGUUCUAGGUCUUGCAGCGACACAGCCACCUUCAGGUGAUGGUACGGGGCAAGAAACGACAUAUUUCGACUCUGUCGUGUUCCUGACUAUGUUCUUACUUGCUGGCCGCUACCUAGAGGCAUACAGUAAAACGAGGACUGCAGACGCUAUUACUGCACUCGGGUCAUUUCGCCCUGCCGGAGCUCUUGUCUUGUCUCCUUGCUCUGCUUCUGCUUCUACUGCUCCCACAGUCGUUCCCCGCAAUGAUCCCGAAAAAUGCGACGUAGCGUGUGAUAACGAUAGCCUUGUUGCGUCUCCCGGGUUCAAAUUUGAGAAGGUACUUGUAGACCUCUUGGAGAUUGGCGAUAUAGUACGUGUGCAAAAUGGUGCGACGCCACCAUCAGACGGUACAAUCGUCUCUGGUCCGGAAACAUCCUUUGACGAAAGCUUUUUAACGGGCGAGGCUCAACUUAUUAAGAAGAAAAUCGGGGAUAAGGUUCUUCUUGGAACAAUCAAUAAGUCCAGGGCUGUAGAUGUUCGAGUUGACGCUGUUGAAGGUGUCACAUUGCUGGACCAGAUUGUGCAGAUUGUCCGUGAGGGUCAAACUCGUAGGGCACCCAUUGAGUGCAUCGCAGACCAUAUAACAGGCGUUUUUGUCCCAAUCAUCACUUUACUGGCGAUCGUUACUUGGUUGAUAUGGCUUACCUUGGGUGUUAGCGGUGCUAUCCCUAGGAGUUACUUAGAUACAAGUCAAGGCGGAUGGUUCGUCUGGUCUCUCGAGUUUGCAAUCGCAGUAUUCGUCGUGGCGUGUCCUUGCGGCAUUGGCCUGGCAGCACCUACCGCUCUUCUUGUGGGAUCCGGCCUUGCAGCCAAACAUGGAAUCUUGGCCCGCGGAGGUGGCGAGGCUUUCCAAGACAUGGCGCAACUUGAUGUCGUUGUGUUCGAUAAGACCGGAACACUCACCGAAGGUGGCGAGCCCCGAGUGUCUGAUGCCGAGAUCCUGCUUUCGUCGGUGCCUGAGAAGACGCUUCUCGGAAUUGCCGCGGAGUUAGAAUCUGCAUCAUCUCACCCGCUCGCGAAUGCAAUUAGGCAGUAUGCGGGGGACCAUGGUGCCGUGUCUGUUGUUGGCCACGCGUUCGAUGAAAUUGCUGGUAAAGGCGUCAAAGCGGAUUUCGAAGAAAUGCGGCGCAAGGCGAUAGUAGGAAAUGAAGCCCUGAUGCAAGACCACGAUGUCCUGCUCUCUCCAGACGUUCUCCAAGUGCUCGAUAGGUGGAAAUCUGAGGCGAAGAGUAUCGUCCUCCUCGCUGUUACGGUCGCAGACUUUGACAAUGAAUUCGUCGUUGCAGCUAUAUUCGCUGUGUCGGAUCCCAUCAGGAGGGAAGCUACUGGUGUUAUACGUCAUUUGCAGGAGCAGGGCAUUGGGACAUGGAUGCUGUCAGGGGACAACGAGACGACGGCAAAAGCAGUUGCAAAAUCUGUGGGCAUUCCUGAAAUAAACGUCAUCGCUGGAGUUUUACCUCAGCAAAAGGCGGAAAACAUCGAGUGGCUGCAGCGUAAUGGUGCCAAACGCCCUUCUUCAAGAUGGCGACGUAUGUUAGGCAGGUCAACGUCGAACGAGCGCUGUGUCGUCGCAAUGGUUGGGGAUGGUAUCAAUGAUGCACCUGCACUGGCUGUCAGCGACAUAGGAAUAGCUAUCGGAUGUGGAAGCGACAUUGCAUUAUCUAGUGCUUCAUUCAUUCUCUUGUAUUCUAACCUCAAAACUUUGCUCACACUGAGUGACCUGUCGAGAAAAGUGUUUAACCGCGUCAAAAUCAACUUUAUGUGGGCAUUUAUGUAUAAUUUGAUCGCAGUCCCCAUCGCUGCCGGCGUCAUAUACCCCGUCGGACACGCGCGUUUAGCUCCCGUCUGGGCGUCAUUGGCUAUGGCAUUAUCCUCUGUAUCUGUGGUUUGUUCCUCCCUCGCACUCAAGCUGUACAGAGAGCCAAAGAUACAGCUUUAA